UUAGAAAUUAAUUAGAUCUAGACCUCUAGACUAUACUAUAGAGUAUAGAUCAAUGAAUGGAGAUUAUGUUAUUUAGGAUAAUCGUUAUUUAAUCGCUUUCUUGGCUGAGAACUUGGAUUUAUAUCUAGAAUAAUCGAUCCAGAGCUAGAUCUAGAUUCUAUAUAAUUAUUACAAUGGUGGACAAGUCAACACUAUGUUCCAGUCUAGUCAUCACUGUGGUCAGUUUCACAGCCCUCCAGUGGCUCUACAGAGCCUACAAACGACGAGAGAUGUUUUUCAAAAUUCGCCGCAGAUACUUGAAAGCCAGGAGAAGUAUCGAGCAUCUGAGAGAGAAGCUGAGUGAGAUUCGUAUCAACAAAGAUGUAUUGAGUCUUAACUUCUCUGAACUACAGAAACUGUUACAAUCAGGUGAAUUGGGAGCUUUAGAAGUUCUGCAAGCCUACCAAACUAUGGCCUUAAAUAUCAAUGAAGAAAUAAAUGCCAUAACAGAUGUUAUAGAGUCAGCCACUUCUGAGGCAAUACGACUUGAUGGAGUCAAUGACAGAGGACCUUUACAUGGGAUACCUAUUAGUGUCAAAGAAAGUGUUGGGCUGAAGGGACUGGACUGCACUGCAGGCUUUGGUCAGCUGGCAGAUGUUUUGAAAAAAGAUGAUUCAGUUUUAAUUAAGGUACUGAGACUGAAAGGUGCCAUUCCAUUUAUUCGUACCAACAUCCCACAAGGCAUGCGAAGCUUUGCCUGUUCAAAUCCUAUUUAUGGUGAAACCAAAAAUCCAUUAAAUAUGUCAAGGUGUCCUGGUGGAUCAUCAGGUGGGGAAGGUGCCAUUAUUGGUGGAAAGGGCUCUAUUCUAGGAGUGGGAAGUGAUAUUGGAGGCAGCUUGCGGUGUCCAGCCGCGUUUUGUGGAAUAUGUGCUCUGAAACCAACAUCUUCUAGAAUAAGUUCUUUUGGUAAUUUUAGCACUGAUGCAAUAGGAGGACAGAACAUAGUGCCAUCAGCUUAUGGUCCUAUGGGAAGAGAUGUUACAACCCUAAUUGACUUUAUGGAGGCUGUCAUAUGUCCUGAAAUAUUUUCGCUUGAUCCGCAUGUAACACCUAUUCCAUUUAGACAUGAGUUACUGGAGAGCUCUGCUCCUCUCAGAAUAGGUUACUAUGUGUAUGAUGAGUGUACACGAUGCACACCACCAGUUGUUAGAGCUGUCAUGAUGGCCAAGUCACUACUACAAGACAGGGGUCACACUCUUGUUGAGAUCAAACCAUACAAACCAAUGUAUGCUUGUGCUGAUAUACUGAUUCCUGCUUUGUUUGGAGAUGAUUGUGACAGUUAUGCAGACUUGUUAAAAUAUGACACAACUUGUGAGAUCAUGUAUAAUACCUACAGGUUUAAUCAAUAUCCAUAUCUCUUGCGAUUGCUGUUUAUGAGACUUCAACAGCUGAUGCAUAAUGACCCACUAAUUGUUGCCAUGAUGAAAAGAAAAUCAAUGAGAUCUAUAUCUGAUUGGUUUAGGAAAGCAAAUGAAUGCAAGGAGUACCAAAUGGAAUUUGCAACUAGAUGGAAAAAGCAAAAUUUAGAUGUAGUAAUCUGUCCAUGUUUGCCUUGUGCUCCACCAAGGGUUGGACUGGAACAGAAAUUGUUAGCCAUUUUGACCUACACUGGCCUUUAUAAUGUGCUGAACUACCCAGCUGGUACUCUACCAGUGACCACGGUGACAACAAGUGAUGUGGGAAACACAAUGAAUCCUAGCUACUACCCAGCCUACACUGCUAUAGAAAAACUGAUACAGAGGGACUGUGAAGGGAGUGAAGGAUUGCCUAUUGGAAUACAAGUUGUGGGACUUCCAUUCACUGAAGAAGUUGUGCUGCGUGUCAUGUUAGAACUAGAAACAGCACUUAAGAGCUCUAAUCGCCACUAAAAAUUCCUCUAGUGUUGAAUUUAUUUUUUUUCUGAUUAGGAUUUAAUAAAUUUAGUAAAGAAGUAUUAAAACAAAUAUUUAUAUAUUUUGUUCCAUUAAAAUCAAUAUAAUUUAAACAAUAUAUUCUUGUUAUUAAAAAUUAUUAUAGCUUAAAUUUAGACAUAAUUUUUUAACCAAACAAAUUUUGUGCCAUUAUAUCUUUGAAUCUUCUAUAAUAAAUCAUACUUAUCAUAAUGCGGACUAUAGGUGUACAUUUAAAACAAAAUUUAAUAUUUAACACCAUUUGGUAAAAACAGAAAACAGUUUAAUUUUAUUUUUAAAUUCCUAAAAAACAAUACUCCAAUAAUGCAACAGUAGAAAGUAAGUUACAUACAUUUGUGUGAUCUAUUGAAUAUUAAACUGAGAUAGUGUUUAGAUGUAUGAAUCAAUUCAUGGAAAUGGAAACCUGCUGGCUCAUAGUUGGAAGCUAUGCACUAGUUCAAAGUAGAGUGAAUUAAGCCAUAGAUAACAAUCAUUUGUUGCACUAAUUCUUGGGCCAUUUCUCAUUUCUGGGUAAAUAGAUUUUAUAAGCAGAUUGAUAAUACAAUGUUCAAAAAUAAAUAUUCAACUCAAGAAAUGAAAAUAGGAGAAAAAAAAAUAUAGAUGAAGUAGGCCUAGUGAUUUCUAAAAUAUUUCUCUCAGUAUUAGCAACAAUAAUAGGAUAUUGAUGGACAUGACACAUGAUUCAAUGGCUUGGUUACUAAGCUGAUGGUCCUGGGUUCAACAAAGUUUUAAGUAUUCCUGAAAAAAAAAGUAAAGUACCUGUUGGGAUUAGAAAUACGAGAAAGUGUCAAGGUGUAAAUGAGAGAAUGAUGUUUGUUUUGGCAAUAUGUUAUGGCUAGGUGAGAUGUGAGCAAUAAAAGUGUCUGCAUGGUCUAGGAUUGACUUUUGUUAAUUUGAAAAGAUACAAAGGUAUUUAAAGGCCUGAUUUUGUUAGUGUUAGUUAGUUGGAGCUGUAGAGAGAAUAGAGUUGGAGCUGCAUUGUAGAAGUAUUUGUAUAAUAAAUAUAUUGAAACUGCUACAAGAUUUAGACUUGUCCUUGUUGUAAUUCAAGAACAGACAAAAUAAAUCAUCACAAAAAAAAUAAAAAUAUCUUGCAUCAUAACAGUAACCCUUUCAGACCUUAGAGUCUAUAGGGAAGAUGAUAGAAAGGUCAUCUAUGUCUUAUGAUGUAAUCAGUUUAACAACCAACUGCCAUUACUUUCCCCAACUAAAGUCGGCAACCCGUUCCAGUAGGAUGGACUCAGGGGCACCCUAAAAAUCCCAAAAUUCAAAAUCCUGUCUUCACCCAGAUUCAAACCUGGGAUUUCUCAGUUCAGAAGCCAAGCUCUUUACCGCUCAGCCAUGGCGUCCCAGAGUACUCCUAUAUUCAUAAUAAAUGAGUAAAUGGUUUAUUUAUAAAUUUCUUUUUUAUAUCAUUUAUAUUACCAGACUUGCAUUUUACAAUUGUUUAUGUUAUACAUUGCUACUCAGAAUUUUGCAUGUAUCAAAUAUUUCACUAAAUCUUUUUAUAUAGUGGAUAGUUGGUUAAGCUAGCAUAAAAGCCUAAAUAUAUCUGUUGAUGAGAAACCUUUAGGUCUAUUUUCCAUCUCUUUCCACUCACUUUACCUUCUCAUUAUUUGAACAAGAUUAUGUGACAGUGACUGAUAUAUUUUGUAACAUUAGCUGACAUAUUCCUUGAAGUGACAGGCAUUUAGUGUGAAAAAUGACAGAACUAAACACCUUGUGAAUAAGCCUUGAGUUUUGUAAUUUCAAGGUGUCUGUUGAAUUCUGGUGGCUCUAUUUUUUUUUAAUUUAACUAAACAUGAACAUGUCUUGAUGUGGCUGGAUUGUUCACAUUUUAUAUCGCUUUUACUUAUAUUGUAUCAUUUUUUUCAAGUGCUUUUUUCUUGAUGUGAUUAGAUUUGACAUCAUAUAUUUUAUUCAGUGUAUUUAUAACAGUAUUUUUAUUUAAAAUCCUUUUUUUUAAGAAUAAGCAGGGCAUUUUAUCUUAUUAAUUUCAAAGAACAUAAUUUCUUCCAAACAUGCAGGUAAGCUGCACCUUGAAGAUGACUUUUAUAUCUUUUCAUUGAAAAAAAAUGUUAUUGUUGCUCUGUGAGUUUGGUAUAUUCAACCAGACAUACGAUGGCAAACAUAACAUUUUAAAUAAAUAUUUGACAUUCAAUUUCAUUUAUUUGUAUAUUAAAUUUUCAAGUCUAAACAAUUACAAA